CAGCGUUUCAGUGUUACGCUACACACUCACAUGUAUGUGGAGCUGUAGCUCAGGUCCUGCUGCUGGACUAAGGUCGUGUCGUGUAGUGUAAAUGUGUGAAGCGCGUUCAGAGUGAUGGACCUGCUGAGGGAGGAUUUUGGGGAGCUGUCAGCCCAGCAGCUCGCGGCUCCUGUCAGCACAGUGGAGGAAAAAUGGAAACUUCUCCCUGCCUUUCUGAAGGUUAAAGGUUUAGUUAAGCAGCACAUUGACUCCUUUAACUACUUCAUCAACGUGGAGAUAAAGAAAAUCAUGAAGGCCAAUGAGAAGGUUACAAGUGAUGCUGAUCCAAUGUGGUACCUAAAGUACCUUAAUAUCUAUGUUGGCAUGCCUGAUGUAGAAGAGAGCUUUAAUGUAACCAGACCUGUGUCUCCACAUGAGUGUCGUCUGAGAGAUAUGACCUAUUCCGCUCCCAUUACAGUGGACAUAGAGUACACCAGAGGCAGCCAGAGGAUCAUCCGUAAUGCACUUCCCAUUGGAAGAAUGCCAAUUAUGUUGCGGAGCUCCAACUGUGUUUUGACAGGCAAGACACCUAUGGAGUUUUCUAAACUCAAUGAAUGUCCCCUAGAUCCAGGUGGUUAUUUCAUUGUAAAGGGUCAGGAGAAGGUCAUUCUUAUCCAAGAACAGCUUUCCAAGAACCGCAUUAUUGUAGAGCAAGAUCGCAAGGGUGCAGUGGGAGCCUCUGUUACCAGCUCCACUCAUGAGAAGAAGAGUAGAACUAACAUGAUUGUGAAGCAGGGCCGUUUUUACCUGAAGCACAACACACUUUCUGAAGAUGCUCCAAUAGCCAUCAUAUUUAAGGCCAUGGGUGUGGAGAGCGAUCAGGAGAUAGUCCAGAUGAUUGGAACAGAGGAACAUGUCAUGGCUGCUUUUGCCCCUAGCCUGGAAGAAUGCCAAAAGGCUCAGAUUUUCACCCAGACUCAGGCCCUCAAGUAUAUUGGAAAUAAAGUAAGGCGGCAGCGCAUGUGGGGUGGACCCAAGAAAACCAAGAUGGAGGAAGCCCGAGAGCUGCUGGCCUCUACCAUCCUCACCCACGUCCCAGUGAAGGAGUUUAACUUCCGGGCCAAGUGUAUUUACCUUGCUGUGAUGGUGCGCAGGGUGAUUCUUGCUCAAGGCAACAACAAAGUAGACGAUCGUGAUUACUAUGGAAACAAGCGUCUAGAGUUGGCUGGCCAGCUGCUGUCUCUGCUGUUUGAGGAUCUCUUUAAGAAGUUCAACUCCGAGCUGAAGAAGAUUGCAGACCAGAUCAUUCCUAAGCAGAGAGCUGCCCAGUUUGACGUGGUGAAGCACAUGAGGCAGGACCAGAUCACGAAUGGCAUGGUUAAUGCUAUCUCUACUGGUAACUGGUCUCUAAAGAGAUUCAAGAUGGACAGGCAGGGUGUGACGCAGGUGCUGUCUCGCCUAUCGUUCAUCUCUGCGUUAGGUAUGAUGACCAGGAUCUCCUCUCAGUUUGAGAAGACCAGGAAAGUGAGUGGCCCACGCUCCCUACAGCCCUCACAGUGGGGAAUGCUGUGCCCCUCUGACACACCUGAAGGAGAGGCAUGUGGGCUGGUGAAAAACCUGGCUCUAAUGACGCACAUCACUACAGACAUGGAGGAUGGGCCCAUCAUUAAGCUGGCCUUUAACCUCGGCGUGGAGGACGUCAACCUGCUGUGUGGAGAGGAGCUCUCCUACCCCACUGUUUUCCUGGUCUUCCUGAAUGGUAACAUCCUGGGAGUGAUUCGGAACCACCAGAAGCUUGUUAGCACUUUCAGAUUGAUGAGAAGAGCAGGAUUCAUCAACGAGUUUGUUUCAAUCUCCACCAAUGUAACGGACCGCUGCGUCUACAUCUCUUCUGAUGGGGGGCGCCUCUGCAGACCUUACAUCAUUGUGAAGAACGGGCAGCCGGCUGUGAAGAACAAACACAUCGAGGAGCUUUCUCAGGGUUACAGAAACUUUGAGGACUUCCUGCAUGAAAGUCUGGUGGAGUAUCUUGAUGUGAAUGAAGAGAAUGACUGCAGCAUUGCUCUGUACGAGCACAUGAUCACCAAGGACACUACACAUUUGGAAAUUGAGCCGUUCACUCUGCUGGGGGUCUGUGCUGGUUUGAUACCAUACCCGCAUCACAACCAGUCCCCCAGAAACACCUACCAGUGUGCUAUGGGCAAGCAGGCCAUGGGCACUAUUGGCUACAACCAGAGGAAUCGGAUUGACACACUGAUGUACCUGCUAGCCUAUCCUCAGAGGCCCAUGGUGAAGACCAAGACUAUCGAGCUGAUUGACUUUGAGAAGCUGCCUGCUGGUCAGAAUGCCACAGUAGCUGUGAUGAGCUACAGCGGCUAUGAUAUUGAGGAUGCUCUGGUGCUUAACAAGGCUUCCCUGGAUAGAGGUUUUGGUAGAUGUCUUGUGUACAAAAAUGCCAAGUGCACCCUGAGACGUUACACAAACCAGACCUUUGACAAAGUGAUGGGUCCAAUGCUGGAUGCUGAAACACGCAAACCCAUUUGGAGGCACAGCAUCUUGGAUGCUGAUGGAAUCUGCUCCCCCGGUGAACGGGUGGAGAAUAAGCAAGUGCUGGUGAACAAAUCCAUGCCCACAGUUACCCAGACACCACUGGAGGGCAGUACCCAGCCAGGCCAGCCACAGUACAGAGAUGUACCCAUCACGUAUAAAGGCUCAACAGACUCCUACAUAGAAAAGGUGAUGAUCUCAUCAAAUGCAGAGGAUGCCUUCCUGGUAAAGAUCCUGCUCAGGCAAACACGUCGUCCUGAGAUAGGAGACAAAUUCAGCAGCCGGCAUGGCCAGAAAGGUGUUUGUGGGCUGAUUGUUCCUCAGGAGGACAUGCCAUUCUGUGAUUCCGGGAUCUGUCCUGACAUCAUCAUGAACCCUCAUGGAUACCCCUCCAGAAUGACUGUUGGGAAGCUGAUAGAGCUCUUGGCGGGGAAGGCAGGUGUACUGGACGGACGUUUUCACUACGGUACAGCUUUCGGAGGCAGUAAGGUGAAGGACGUGUGUGAGGAUCUCAUUCGCUAUGGAUACAACUACCAGGGAAAGGACUAUGUCACCUCUGGCAUCACAGGGGAGCCCCUGGAAGCUUACAUCUACUUUGGUCCAGUGUACUACCAGAAACUGAAGCACAUGGUUCUUGAUAAGAUGCAUGCUAGAGCACGUGGACCAAGAGCGGUGCUCACCAGACAGCCUACAGAAGGUCGUUCCCGAGAUGGUGGUCUACGUCUGGGAGAGAUGGAGAGAGAUUGCCUGAUAGGAUAUGGGGCCAGUAUGCUGCUACUGGAGCGUCUCAUGAUCUCCAGCGAUGCUUUUGAAGUGGAUGUGUGUGGGCAGUGUGGCCUGCUCGGAUACUCUGGAUGGUGCCAUUACUGUAAGUCCUCGUGCCAUGUGUCCUCUUUACGCAUUCCCUAUGCCUGCAAGCUGCUCUUCCAGGAGCUUCAGUCCAUGAACAUUAUACCCCGCCUUAAACUGUCUCGAUACAACGAGUAAGUCAGUUAUGCUUUGGAUGCUAAAUGCAAUAAAUUGCUGCUAACACAAGCCACUGUGGAAACUCAACUCCUGAUGCAUCUUUGUUUCUCAUUGGAUAUCUUUGAUGCAAUAUUAGUCUGUGGUUUGUAUAUGCAUGUCUAAUGAAGUUAAUUGUGAACCACCAGUGGUUAUGUUUUGAGUUAAAAUGAGACAUUUGGCGUUUCAUGAAAUAAAAGAUACUCUGGACUAAAAGUAUGAUUCAGACAUUGUAAUAUAAAUAACACAGGAUAAAGUGCCUAGUGUGAGAGGAUUUUUUUUUUUUUCAAAUAAUGAAAGUGUUCAUUAUUACUUUUUUUUUUUUGAGAGUUUGUUGUGUUUCUUUUUGUGUAAAUAAGUAAUAAAAAUUUGUUUAAAUUAA